CUUGACUUGAUUUCCCUGAUUUUCAAGUGGUUUGGCUUUGUUGAAGGAAGGGGGUUUGGGGCUGCUGUUUUCGUGGCCAGCUGCUGCUUGCUUGCUGCACAAAGUGCAGCCUCUAGUAAGACCUAAUCUUCAUAGGCCGCAGCCAUGGACGCCGCAUUGGAUCGCGCCUGCGAUCCCAAGCGGACGGAUAGAGAGAGGGGAGCGGGCAUGACAAGAUUUGUCAACUUUGUCAAUAAAGAGCAAGAUGGACCGCAGAUUGCCAUCAAACUUCUCAUUGCCAAAUACCAGAGUUCUACAGAAGGCGUUGUCCUGUCCGCUUUGGAGGUCACCGAGUCAUGCGUACGUUCAUGUGGCAAACGCUUCCAUGACGAGAUCGGCAAAUUCCGCUACCUGAACGAGUUGAUCAAGCUGGUGUCCCCGAAGUAUUCAGCCGAUCGUACUCCCCCAGCUGCCAAGAAGAAGAUCAAAACAUUGCUUUACAACUGGAGUGAAGGCCUCAACCAUCAUCCAAAGAUGAGAGAAGCAUUUAUGAUGCUCAAAAAUCAAGGCUUGGUUCAUGAUGAAGAUCUCCCCAAGCGUGAGGAGAGUGCACCUCACGAGCGCAUUGGCCCGGCUGUGUUCGAAGACGAGAAUAGAUCGGCUCUGUUGAAACGGCUUCUUGCGAGCAAGCACCCCGAAGACCUGGAAGCGGCCAACCGCCUUAUCAAGGAUAUGGUCAAGAAAGACAACCUUCAGAUGACUAACUUAUCGAAACGUAUUGCUGAGCUAGAAACUUGCCAGAACAAUAUCAAAUUGCUGACGGAGAUGUUGGCCCAUUAUGAACCGGGACAGAACCAUGAGAUAAUCACGGAACUUUACAAGUCAUGUGUAGAGAUGAGAACUAAGCUACAGAAGAUGGCAACGGAAGUAGAUGAAGGCGGUGAUCAAAUGACUGAAAUCUUCCAGCUAAGCGAUGAGCUCACCAAGGUAUUGGAGUUACACGAUAGGAAGAUAGCUGGCCAAGCAACACCAGCAUCCUCUGCUGGCCAACAAACCCUGGCACAGGCUGCCGUUCCGGAGGCUGCUGCUGGCGGUGAUGACUUUGAUUUGCUGGGAGGUAUCGGUGCACCGGCACCAGCAUCGCAGGCCAUGGCGGCGGCAUCGACCAGUGGCGGUGGCCUGGGAGAUCUUGACACUCUGCUGAGCCUGGACCCUCUCGGUGACAGCAGUCCUGCGAUGGCCACAGCGUCCGAUGGUGCCGUGCACGGCGGUGGAUCGGCAUCACUGCUCGACGACCUCGCCAUGUUGGAUAUUGGUGGUAGUGCAGCACCGCCCGCUGCAGGAGCAGGUCUAGGUGGCCUGAACGGUGGACUGCUUGGAAUGGGAGCACCAGCACCUGCAACUGGACUGGGAAUGGACAUGCUCCAAGCUACACCUACGCAGCAACAGACAACUGCAGGUAUGCAACCCGCACAACCCCAAGCUCUUGGAGCCCAACCCGCGGCGGCAUCACCAGCAGCAGGCGGUACCGGUGACCUCUUUGUCCCGAUCGACUCCAUCCAGAUGAGCUCCAAGCCACCGCUUGUCGCAUUCGACAAGAAUGGGCUCCGGAUGCUCGUAUUUAUAACGCAGAAUGUACCACAACCUAACGUGCAGACGUACGUCGUGCAAACAAUGAAUACCAGCAUGGCAGCCAUUACGAAUUUCUCCUUCCAGGCUGCUGUUCCCAAGUCACAACGGGUAAAACUUCAACCAGCAUCAGGCGAGUCCUUACCGGCACACAACAACCCUCUCUCUGCUCCACCAACUAUCAAUCAAGUGAUGCUUAUCGCUAACCCAGCACAGGAACCCCUCCGAUUGCGCUUCAAGCUGGACUUUGUUGCCAACGGAUCGCCGUUCUCGGAUGUUGGCCAGGUCGAGGGUUAGACGGCGGGCACACCGUCCAACUUCCCUACACACCUGGUUGCGUUUCUUAUUCGUAUUCCGUCACAACUCACAUUGCCAUGCUCGAGUCUCCCUUCGCCACACCGACUGGAAGGCUAACUAUUGUCUGCAGAAAUUUGUAGCGUGCAGCUGAACAGAACCGCACGGCGUGUUCUCUCGCCAUGGGCCAUACCAGUGAAGCAUUACCCUGUCUGCGGCGCUCCUCCCUGUUCCCCUGGCACUUUAAUUAUUACUCGAAUAGUGCUGCAGUCCACCCGUAUACACGUGUGCGUGUGGGCGCACGUGUUUGGCUCUGCGCUGGCUACGCUGCCCUUCUGUUUAUUCUCCCAUCCACUCCUUCACCCCAUCAUUUCCCCAAGGUCGUUCUUGGCAUCACACGCGCGCGCACGUUGCUCAUUAUUUAGUGCGGAGAACUCUCUCCCCCGAUUGUCAGCAUUUUCACAAUUAUAGUUUCCUCUCGUCCCCCAUAGACAUGUUUAUCGGUUUGGCUGUUGUGGGCAAGAGACACGAUGAGCUGUUGCAUCACCUCUCGUUUUGUUCUGCCUGGCCAAUGGCCUCCACUCUCCCCGAUCAGUCCCUGAUCCUCGCCUCCGCCAAUGCUCUAGCACCAUGUCGUGCACGCGUUUGGAAAUUUGCCGUGCGCGCCAUUGAUGAAAUUUUUACUUUAGUUCAACGUAGGAGAGCGGCUCUAUUUCGUUGCUAGUCAAUUCUGCAAAUGAAGCCUCCUGGGAUCUGGGCCUCCCUGUUGCUGAAUGUACUGUUUUGCGUAUGGAAUUCUAGCAGUGCGGAAAUCAUAUUUUUUGCCUUGCUGUCUUUCCUUCUUUAAAUAAUUAUGUCAAAGUAUGUGUAUGUUGAUUUUAUCAAGUAUCUGUCCGUAAUUGUGGGCCGCAAGAUGGACGACGUCUACAACUGUGAA